AUGACAAGAGCUCUCAUUUUCCGCCGGGGUGAAGAGAAAGGCACACAGGGGACAAAGGAUACUUCCAACACGGAGGAUAAGUGCUGCUGCCUGUUGCUCAUCCUGGUUGUCAUCCUCGCCGCGGUACAGUCCAAGCGAGUGGAACAUGGUCUACGGAAGGGUCAUCUCCGAGUAUCUGAUUUUUCCUCAGGGAGGAGGGGGCCCCUCGCAGUGGUGGAAGUUAUAAAUCGUUGGAGCGUUCCUUUGGAGGGGAAGCAAAAAAAGGGGAAGGGAAAAAAUUUCCCAAACUUCUUAUCCUUUCUGAAUGGCGCGAUAAGGAGACCCCCCGAGUGGCGGCUGCGUCAGGAAGGGGGCCAAUGCGGCUCCAGUGCAUGUGGGGGAUGCGGUUGUCCGAAGACGGCGCACAGUGGAGAUGUAAUACCCAAAGAGGGGGAGAAAAUCCUUUACCUUGUAAGUCCCAGAGGUUUCUGCAAAGGGGUCAGCAGAGCGGUUGAAACGGUGGAGGAGUGUCUUCGAAUGUUUAAGCCACCAAUAUAUGUAAAGCAUAAAAUCGUUCACAACGACUUUGUGUGUAAGAAGUUGGAAGAGAAGGGAGCAAUCUUUAUUGAAGACGUGAAUGAAGUGCCCGAUGGAAAUAUUUUAAUUUAUUCAGCCCAUGGAAUUAGCCCACAAAUUAGAGAACUUGCAAAAAAAAAAAAACUCAUCGAAAUUGAUGCGACGUGUCCUUUAGUUAACAAAGUACAUGUAUAUGUUCAGAUGAAAGCAAAGGAAGGAUACAAAAUUAUACUCAUCGGUUAUAAAAACCAUGUGGAGGUAGUCGGUACCUUUAACGAAGCGCCAGACUGUACUUACGUAGUGGAAAAUAUAAAUCAAAUAGAAGACUUACCAUUCUCGGACAAGGACAAACUGUUUUAUGUCACCCAGACUACGUUAAGUAUGGAUGACUGCGCUUUAAUUAUAAAGAGACUAAAGGAGAAAUUUCCAAACAUUGAAACAAUUCCAAGUGGAUCCAUAUGCUAUGCCACUACGAACAGACAAACGGCAUUGAAUCAGAUUUGUAAGGAGUGCGAUCUUACUAUCGUUGUUGGAAGUCAGUCAUCGUCGAACGCAAAAAAAUUAGUGUACUCCUCACAGCUGCGGAACACUCCUGCUGUGUUGAUGAACAGUGUAGAAGAUUUUGAUUUUUCCUCCCUGCGAGAUGUUAAGAAGAUUGCCCUUACCUCCGCUGCUUCCACUCCUGAGGAACUGACACAGAAGUUUGUUGAUGUGCUCACGAAAGAGCCUUACGGAUACACGUUGCGCCUGUUCGAGCCUGUCCAGGAGAACGUCCCCAAGUGGAAGCUGCCCAAGAAUUUGAUGGGCCUUAUCGAAGAACGCAGGAAGGAGCAGGACGAGCAGACGUGA